AUGACAUUAUUUCGUUUAAAUGAUCAUAUACAUUUUAUGAACCUCACUGUACAAUUAGCUAAAUUCACUUUAGAGAAUAAUGAAACUCCAGUUGCAUGUAUAUUUGUUAAUAAAAAAAAUAAAAAUAUAAUUUCAUAUGGCAUGAACAAAACAAAUGAAAAUUUAAAUGGUAUUUCUCAUGCAGAGUUCAUAGCUAUUGAUAAAUUGAUUAAUGAUAAAAAUAUUGACUAUAAUUUUAAUGAUAUUAUUGUCUAUGUUACAGUAGAACCAUGUAUUAUGUGUGCUUCAGCUUUAAAACAACUUGGAAUCAAUUAUAUUGUAUUUGGUUGUGGUAAUGAACGUUUCGGAGGCAAUGGGACCGUCUUAUCAAUACAUAAUGAUAAUUCCACGAUUAAUGAAUCAUCAUCAUCAAUGACAAUAAUACCUGGGAUAUUAAGAAAAGAGUGCAUUUUUUUACUGAGAUUAUUUUAUUAUAAAGAGAAUGAUACAGCUCCAACACCAAGGUCGAAAAAAAAUAGAAAUUUGGAUAAAAAUGAGUUCCCAAAUAUUGACUGGAAUUUAUACUUAAAUGAAUUGCAAUUUAAAAAACUAUUUGGUCAUGAGAAUUUGAAUAAUUUUAAAAUUAAAAAUGAUAUUAACGAAUGUCAAAACAUCAACUGGGAUUUAUUCGAAAAUAACGAAAUAACAGCAAAAAGAGAAGUAAAUAUAAUUGAAUACUUGGAUUCACUAAUAAAAGAGACGAAUCCGAAUAAUAAUUACAAAAAUUAA